CAUCCAUCCAAAGUUGACUCGAUUGGUCGUUAACCUCUCGUCAUCAACCUCACUCGCCUCACGUCAAGUCCACCAGACAACUUUGCAGUACUCUCCCGCCGACGAAUGAGGACGCAGACGGACAGUUAAGCCUUUUGCUAACUGUCUUUUCCUACAGUGUCUGGCCUGCGAGUUUAUAUUUCGUUUGGCUCUGACUCUUAUCAAUCGCUCAGGAACUUGCCCUACAUCAAGUCACUGAGUCCGACGAACUCCCACCACCUCUUCAUAUCCUAAACACAACAUCUAUACGAUGGCGUCUAUCGCAUUCUGCCGCUCAGCAAGAGCUGGCAUUCCUCAAUGGGGCUCCAAGGUUUUCCGACCUUCCCUGCUCACCCGCCGAAACUUCUCAUCCUAUCUCGUUACCCCGAAAGAGCUUCACGAAGCCCUCAAGAAGAACCCUCCGUCACCGAUCAGCACCGAUCCUAGAGUCAUUCCUCUCUGCGCAUCAUGGUUUCUCCCCAACGAUGACCGAUCCGGUAUCCAAACGUUUCGCGAACAGAGAAUUCCCAAGGCCCGGUUCUUUGACCUAGAUAAGGUCAUUGACAAGCGCAGUCCCUAUCCUCACAUGCUUCCUAACCCCAAAGGCUUCGCUGCUGCCAUGAGCGAGUUGGGUAUCCGAAAAGAGGACAUUGUAGUGGUGUACGACAGCAAGGAGCUUGGUAUUUUCAGCGCACCGCGUGUGGGCUGGACCAUGAAGGUUUUCGGCCAUGACAAGGUUCACGUACUAAAUAACUUCAAGCUGUGGGUGGAUCAGGGUCUGCCUACCGAGUCGGGGGAACUCUACAGUAUCGAGUGUUAUCCUUACCAGAUUCCCGAGAUGGAAGAGAACCGAGUUGCAAGCUUCCAGCAGGUCAAGGAAAUCGCACAGGACCACAACAAGGAGGGCGCUGAGGGCGUUCAAAUUCUUGAUGCCCGACCCUAUGGACGUUUCACUGGUGAAGCCCCUGAGCCCCGCGAGGGUCUUUCCUCUGGUCACAUUCCUGGAUCUAUCAACAUCCCCUUCAGCUCUGUUCUGGACCCUGAAACCAAGGCUUUCCUCCCUAAGGAUCAACUGAAGAAGCUGUUUGCGGAGAAGGGUGUUGACCCUCAAAAACCUAUCAUUUCAAGUUGUGGUACUGGUGUGACUGCCUGUGUUAUUGAUACUGCACUUGAAGAGGCUGGCGUUGGUUCCCCUGACUCCAGGAGGGUCUACGAUGGCAGUUGGACUGAGUGGGCUCAACGGGUGCAACCUUCAGAAAACUUGAUUGUCAAGACAACGAAGGAGUAAUGUGACUUGGUGUCUGGUCUAAAAGACGGUGAAUACCAAGUAGUCGAGCUGCGAUACCCUCAUUAAUGAUGGCCUGUGGUGAACAGGCGUGUACGAAGAAGAGCAUGGAUUCCCAAUUCCCCUCCGUGGUUUAGUUCUGUGUCUGGUUCAGGUGUCCAUUGAAGGACGAGAAAAAUGGCUCAUGGUUGUCCUCUAGCAUUCCCACACUUUUGCAUUAUUUUUCAGUAUAUAUAUGUGUGUAUACGUGAAGCAAUUGACUGAUGGAAUUGUCAA